AUGCGGCGAAAAGUCGAGACAUCAUGGCUGGAAGAGCUGAAAAAGCGUGUAAAAUAUCAAGAAACAAGUCGUCUUCAAAUGGUCGAGAUUCGAGAAACUUUGCUCGAUAACGAAAAAGAAUUGCGAAGUUUAGAUUCAACAUUGAAAAAGACGACGAGUUUUAUGAAAAAAGUGAAGCUUCUCAGUGCGGCCACUGUUCCACAAUUAAUUGAAGAAUUAUCGAAAUUGAAUUUAAGCAAAUUUGUUGAGGAAAUGGCGUCGGGAAUUAUAGAGACAAAAUUGAAGUUAUCCGAUAUUCCGAAAGUAACAGAGCUCUGCCUUGCAAUUUCUGCGAAAUAUUCAAACUUCAGUGAACAGAUGGCUGGGGAAUUCAAAAAAGUUCUUCCUGUUAAAAAGAGUGACAAAAUUGCAAAUGUUGCAAAAUUGAGAGUGGAUAUUAUCUUCCUCGCUGAACUUUGCCUGUGUGGAGUUUUCAAUGAAAAGGAAGGACUUCAAGUUCUCGGUGCUGUAUUAAGUUAUUUGAUUCAAACAGAUAAGACUGAUUUUGUCAAUGUUGGAUUAUUGGCUACAGUAUCUAGAACUGUUGGAUGGCAAAUUGCAAAUAUUGUGCCAAUUCCAAUGGAUGAUGCUGAAACGGUCGAGAUUCAAGACGAAGAACUCCCUGAGUCAUCAGCUCUCUCAGUUGAACAGAAAAAGUCGAUUCGUGAGCUCUUCAAAUCAUACUACGAUUCACUUUAUUCGAAAACCGAGAAAACGUGUUCGGCAAGAAAUAAGGCGAUGAAGAGAGUUAAACGACAGGAAAGAAGCCGUGGAGACGCUGGUGAUGAGGAAAAGACAACUUUGAAUGAUCUUCAGUCUGAAUUGGAUUCUCUGCGGAAAAUGGCUAUAGAGAUAUCGUCUGCAAUCGGUGUGGAAAUGAAACCGCUAAAAGAGGAAGCUAGUGACGAUGAAGAGGAUGAAGCUGCCAACUUGGAGAUGGGACGCAAACUUGCAGAAGGAGCAAUCAAGCUGUGGAGUGAUGAAGAGACGAAGGCAUUCUACGAGGAUCUUAUCGAUCUUCGACAGAUGGUUCCCAAGGAUCUUUAUAAAGAAUCUGAACAGAGAACUCUCAGCAAAGCGAAGAUGGCUGAAAGGAUUGAAGAUGUCGAUAUGGAAAAUAUCAAUGAAUCCGGAGCAAUGGAUGCGAAGAGAUCAUCAUUACAACGUGGAGAGUCUGAAAAGGAGACGACACCAGAAGAUUCUCAACUUCAAGCUCUUCUCAAAGAAGCUGUGGAUGCAUCCGAAGAACGAGGAGUCAGCAAAUGGCAAAGUUUUGUACUUGAUUUGGAUCAUCUUGUCAGCAAGUACUCAACUGACCAAGCAGCUAUUUAUUUUGUUUCGAAUCUGAAUAAUAAGGGUUGUCGCAAGAGGCUUGUGAAGCUUAUGAUCGAUCCACCUCCGUCUCGGAUCGAUGUUGUUCCAUUUUAUGCCCGACUUGUCGCUACUCUCGAGAAUGUGAUGCCUGAUUUGACAACUGAAAUCGUAACUCAACUACUCGAGAAAUUCCGCGGAUUUUUGCAACAGAAACCAUCGUCAGCUACUGCUAUAAUCAAAGUGGAAUCAAAGAUGGUUUGCGUGAUGAUGAUAGCUGAACUGAUGAAGUUUGGAGUAAUUUCUCGUGCUGAAGGACUCAGUUGUUUGAGACAACUUGUGUAUGAUUUACGUGGACAUUCUGUAGAAAUGACAGCGACAUUCAUGGAAUCUAGUGGUCUUUAUCUGUAUAGACAUACUGAAUCACAUGCAAAAAUGAAGAGAUUAUUGGAAGUUGUGAAGGCGAAACGAGAACGAAUGAAAGAUCAAAGACAAGCGAUGCUCAUAGACAAUGCGUAUUUCACCUGCCUUCCACCAGAAGAUUCAAAAGAAGAACGUCUUCGUUUGAAGCUAGACGAAGAGGAUACUCCAAUGAAACGAUUUAUUCGUCACAUAAUUCUGGAUAUCAAUGAAUCAACCGUUGAUGUUUUCUUAAAAUGUCUUCGGAGGCUUGAAUGGUAUGAUCCAGAAGUUGCUGAUUAUGCAAUUCGUUAUCUCUCCUCCACGUGGCUUCUUCCCAUUGAAAAUCUUCAACACGUGGCAUCUGCGAUUGCUGGUCUCUGUAAUUUGGUACAUCUUCAAUGGAUUGGAAUGGCUGUAAUUGAUUCAACAAUUGAAACUAUUCGAAUAUCCUUGGAAAAUCCUGGAGUCUACAAUCAAUGGGCUCAUUCUGCCGCCGUUUAUCUUGCAGAGCUCUACAGUUUUGAGCUGUGUGAUGAAGAUCUAGUCUUGAAGAUUCUCUAUCAACUGAUUUCAUAUCCAGAACCAGAAAAUUCGUGGCGAGACCUGCACCGAAUUCGAAUGAUUUGUGCUAUGCUGGAAAUUCUACGCGAGUUCUUCAUGAAAGGCUCGGGAAAAAUCAAAAUGCGAUAUUUCCUAUCAUAUUUCCAUCGUUACUAUUACAUCAAAAAAGAUGCCUGGGAUCAAGAAGUUGCCGAACAACAACCGAAUUCGGGAGGAGAAACGGGAGAAAAUCAAAAUCCUCUCGAUGUUCAGACAAGUUUCCCGUAUGAAGUCGAACUUGCGUAUACUGAAUUGUGCCGUCAAUUCCGCCAAAAGAAGUCCAAUUCGCUUCGAUGGCCGAAAAAUUUGAAAGAAGCUCAAGAUAUAGUCACAAAAAUUGAGAAGAAAUUCAAGGGAGAGUUGAAAGAGUUUGCCGGAGAACACAAAGACAUUGAAGGUGAUGGUUUGAAUGAACUGAAUGUUAUUGAAGAAGAUGAUGAAGAAGACGAAGAUGAGAAUCGAGACUCUGAACUGGAUGAAGAUGAUUCUGAAGAAGAUCGACAGAAAAUUGAGAAUUUCUCGAAUGCCGUGACAAAAGAAGAAGAUGACGAGUUCCAGAGAGAACUCGAUCGAAUGAUGGGAGAAGGAUUCAGACAAUCAGCGAUGCCUGUAGCUGCUGCUCAAUACGAUGUCACUCUACCAGCUGCUGUAAAAGAUCGGUUCAAUAGAAGUAUCAAGUUUGCUGAAACUGUAAAAGACGAGCCAGCGGCUUCAAGCUCUAAGCAAGAUAACGACGAUGAUGAGGAUGUCUAUGAGAAAUCUCCCACAAUCGCAGCUUCUGGACGUCAAAAGCAAACUCGUGUCACGCUGAUGGUCCGCGGAAAAACGAACAAACCAUCGUUAAAGACUGUCAACAUCGACGAUGAUCAGCUUCAGGAACGUUGGAAAGAAGAAAAAGCUCGCGAAGAGCAGGAACGUGCCGAUAUGAAACGAUUGACUCUUGGACAACAUCGUAGAAUUGAGAUGGAAGAGGAGAAAGCCUUGUUGGCAUCGUUGAACAGUUCUCGAAAGGGAAAUGCUAAGAGAGGUCAAUUCCGUCCACAAUUCCCGAAACCUCACCUCGAAGGAGAAUGGUGAACAUCUUUGCUUGUUGAUGGAUGGAUCAUCGAAAGCGUAUUCUACUAGUCUCUUCAACCCUGCCUCUGCACACGUCGACAUCGUUGUCAAGAAGAAGAAGGAAGAUGAAGAAUAAAAAUUUCUCGAAAUUCUAAUUUUUAUGCUAAUACUUGUCUUUUCUUCUUGGUAUUUCUUGUGUUGUGUUUUACUACUCGGUUUCCUUUUUUCUUAUGUCUUCCCCCGUCAAAAAUGUGCCAAUAUUUACAUCUAAUAAGGCGUUUUUUUUCUAAAAAAAAAA